GCCUCGGGUUUUGAGUCAAAUCGGCGGGGACUCAUUUCUGGUUUACAUUAUAAGCUCAGCACUUUUCAAAAUUACAAAAACUUUCCUUCUCACUUAGAAAGCAAAUUUCUGCAGCAAAUCGGAAGUGAGAUUGGAAAUCCGGCGACGGCGACGGGAGAGAUGGAGGAAGCAGAUCAGAAUGAGAACGGAAAUCCGGCGGCGGCGGUGGUGGAGGAAACCGAAACGGUUAUUGGACCGGGUCCAGCUCCUCGUGCUCGUGCUAAACGUCCUCUUCAAUUUGAGCAAGCUUAUCUCGAUUCACUUCCGUCUGCUAACUUGUAUGAAAAAAGUUACAUGCACCGAGACGUGGUUACUCAUGUUGCUGUUUCAGCAGCAGAUUUUUUCAUUAGUGGGAGUACUGAUGGUCACCUGAAAUUUUGGAAGAAAAAGCCUACUGGUAUCGAGUUUGCAAAACAUUUUAGAUCUCAUCUUGGACCAAUUGAAGGCCUUGCAGUUAGCAUUGAUGGUAUGCUUUGCUGUACAAUUUCAAGUGAUAAGUCUCUGAAAAUAUAUGACGUAGUGAAUUAUGACAUGAUGUCCAUGAUUCGUCUUCCCUUCAUACCUGGAUGUGUUGAAUGGGUAUAUAAACAAGGGGAUGUCAAGGCUAAACUUGCCGUUAGUGAUCGUAACUCCUCAUUGGUGCAUAUAUAUGAUGCAAGAGCUGGUACAAAUGAUCCUAUAAUAUCUAAAGAGGUACAGUUGUGCCCCAUCAAAGUCAUGAAAUACAAUCAUGUCUUUGAUACUGUGAUAUCAGCAGAUGACAAAGGGAUCAUUGAGUACUGGAGUCCUGCCACACUUAAGUUCCCAGAGAAUCUGGUGAAUUUUAGAUUGAAGAGUGAUACUGAUCUCUUUGAAAUUGUGAAAUGCAAAACUGCUGUUUCUUCUAUAGAGGUAAGCCCUGAUGGUAAACAGUUCUCGGUAACUUCACCAGAUCGCAGGAUUCGUAUAUUUUGGUUCAAGACAGGUAAACUAAGACGUGUGUAUGAUGAAUCUCUUGAGGUGGCACAAGAUCUCCAGAGGAGUGAUGUUCCUUUAUACCGACUUGAAGCUAUUGACUUUGGACGAAGAAUGGCUGUGGAAAAAGAAAUUGAGAAAACAGAAUGUGUACCACAACCUAAUGCUGUUUUUGAUGAAAGUUCCAAUUUCAUUAUAUAUGCAACUCUCCUAGGAAUUAAAAUUAUAAAUCUACACACUAACAAGGUAUCUCGUAUCCUGGGGAAGGUGGAGAGCAAUGAUAGAUUUUUGAGAAUUGCUUUGUAUCAAGGUGAUAGAAGUAGUAAAAAAGUAAGAAAAAUCCCUGCUGCGGCAGCAAAUGCAAAUGAAAGCAAGGAGCCCUUGAUAGAUCCCAAUCUACUUUGCUGUGCUUUCAAGAAACAUAGAAUCUAUUUGUUCAGUCAGAGAGAACCUGAGGAACCUGAUGAUCCUACCAAGGGAAGAGAUGUCUUCAAUGAAAAGCCACCUCCUGAUGAACUUUUGGCCGUAUCUGACAUUGGGAAGUCCGUUACUACAUCCCUUCCAGAUAAUGUGAUCAUGCAUACCAGUAUGGGUGACAUUCAUAUGAAGCUAUACCCUGAAGAGUGUCCAAAAACAGUGGAGAACUUUACAACACACUGCAGGAAUGGAUACUAUGAUAAUUUGAUAUUUCAUCGGGUCAUCAGAGGCUUUAUGGUUCAGACAGGAGAUCCAUUAGGAGAUGGCACGGGUGGCCAAUCUAUUUGGGGAAGGGAGUUUGAAGAUGAGUUCCAUAAAAGUCUGCGACAUGAUAGACCCUUCACUGUCUCGAUGGCUAAUGCUGGGCCAAACACAAAUGGCUCUCAAUUCUUCAUAACAACUGUUGCCACUCCAUGGUUGGACAAUAAGCACACAGUUUUUGGCAGAGUGGUGAAAGGAAUGGAUGUUGUACAGUCUUUAGAGAAAGUGAAGACCGACAAAGGUGACAAGCCAUACCAGGAUGUAAAAAUAUUGAAUGUGACUGUUCCAAAGUCUUAAAUGGGUUCUUGUUGUGGCUAUGCUCCUUAUUGGAUAGUUUACAUCUGCUUUAUUCUGGAGAACUGGAAGGAGUACUACGACUUUACGUUGGAAAGUAUUGCUAUCCUCGUUGGACCCUGAUCUGACAUGUAUCUGUGUAAUCUAUGACUUCUGGUACUUUUCUCAAAACCUGCUAUACAACAUAGAUUCCUUCAGUUUUAAGAAACUUUUCGUGCCUCCGGGAAGUAGAAUUCCACUUGCUUCACUCAAGUUGAAAGGAUAUUAGUGAAUGGGAGUUGCUGGCUGAUCUGGUAUUAGGAUUAGCUCAUUGCCACAAGGAGUGUACGAUCAGCGUUUUCCACUCAAGAUUCAUUAGUGAGACAGAACGGCCUAGCUUAUUAUCAAUGUUCAUGUUGUGGACAGUAAUUUAUAGAGUUAGAGACCUAGAUGUUGUUUUCGCGGUUUCAACUGAACUACAACAAGUGUAGACCUUUUUGACAUCUUUUUAAGUCCUAGCUUCAUAUAUUUGAAUUGUAGCUGCAGUUACUGUACAAGACCCUAUUAUGAAUUCAAAUUAUCAGUAAGCUUCAUUUCACUUCUCA